UGAAGCGCUUGAUGAUGGGCACGGCUUAGAAGUACAGGUUUUCGGCGAUUUAUUUAACGUUUAUCCGUUCCGGUAGAAUGGCUCCGCGCUAUGGUAUCAUUGGUGCAGGAAUCGGAGGAAUCGUUAGCGCCCGCCAUGCACUGGAUGCUGGUGGUAAUGUGACCGUGUUUGAGCAGGGCAAGCAAAUCGGUGGAACGUGGGUGCUGGAGGAUCGUACGGGUGCGGAUGAGUAUGGCGUUCCAAUCCACAGCAGUAUGUACCGUGGGCUACGAUCGAAUUUACCCCGCGAGACGAUGGGCUAUUUGGAUUUUGAAAUCGAAGAUCGAGGCACGAGCUACGUACCGGCCGAGGAUGUGUUGGAAUUUGUGAAUCGGUACGCAGAGAAGCACGUGCCACGCGAUCGAAUUAUGCUGCAGCAUCAGGUGAUUCAAGUGACCAGACAGUUUAACGAGCAGCAAUGGCUGGUGAUCGUCCGCGAUCUACUUGAGGAACGGAUCAAGAUGUUUCACUUUGAUUUCUUGCUUAUCAGCGUUGGACAUUAUGCUUCGCCGGUUUUUCCGGACCAUGUCGAAAGGAAACUGUACGCAGGACGGCAGCUGCACAGUCACGAUUUUCGUGAUCCUCAUGAUUUUCGCGGGGAGGAUGUACUGGUCGUUGGCGCUGGUGCGAGUGCCACAGACGUUGCGCUUAUGGUAGCCGAUGUGGCCAAUUCGGUAACGGUUAGUCACCGGCGUGCCGUUCCGCUAAACUUCCCCCCCGAGAAGAACAUCGCUCAACGGGUAACGUUUGCCAAUUUGACUCAUGAUGGAGCCUCUUUUGUGGAUGGCACUGCAGGUACCUACGGUGUCGUUAUCUUCUGCACAGGAUAUCGGUUUUCCUUUCCAUUCCUCAGCGUCGACUGUGGACUCACUGUCAAGGACCGUUCGAUUGAACCGCUGUACAAACACUGUAUCAACAUAAACCAACCCACCAUGGCGAUCAUUGGCAGUACAUUCCCGUCACUAGCCGCACUAAUGACGGAUCUGCAGGCUCGAUUCUGUGUUCAACUAUUCAGUCAACGGAAAACGCUGCCCAGUAAAGAGGAAAUGCUGCUGGAUCUAGCAGCGGACCAAAAGGAGCGCCAGGAUCGAGGCUUCGAUGCCGAUCGUUCCGAGCAGUUGUUCGAGGAUCUUCAAGAACGUUACUACAAGGAGUUGGCGAAGGUUGGUGAUCUGCAACCGAUACCUGAUGUAGCCAUAAAGCUGCUCCAUCAAUCGUUGCGAGCUAGAGAUGCGUGUCUGUUACGCUUCCGAGACUAUCUUUACAAAGUUGAUGGUGAUGAGUUUGUUAUCGUGAAACGUCCAAUUGAUUGA